GCAAAAAUUUAUUGUGACAUUUCAUCGUAAAAACACAACUGAUAAAAAUUAAUGACAUUUUCGAACUGUGAUAAUUUUAUGCAUAAAUAAUUUCAUUAGCACAUUUCGAGAAUACAAUGGAGAUAAUUUAGUUGUGUGUUAAGUACUUUGAAAUGGACGAUAAAGUUAAUGAAAUACCGCGGCUCAUCAACAUUGAAGAAAAAGGAUCUGCAUCAUAUAUUUUAGAGAUAAAUCCGGAUGUUCCUCAUGAGGUAUUUCGAAAUGAAUCCACGGCCGUUGAAGUUGUCGUCAAAGAAAUUAACGGACGAAAUAAAAAGAAAAAAGACACAGUGCAUGUUAAUACAGAUGUCACGAUAAGGAACAGAAAUAAAGAAAUUGAAGGACUAAAAAAACAGCUCCACGAAGCAAAAAUUGGCACAGAUGAAGUUAUAGAAUCUUCAAGGAUAAUUACACUUGAAAUAAAGAAGCAAUUAGAUAAAGCAUAUCAGCGGGAACUAAAGGAACAGACUAGAAAUAUAGCACUACAAUUGGAGAACAUGAAGUUACGUACACUACUGGAGUCAAAGACGAAUUUGGUGAAGAAAUUAUUGAAAGAACUCACAAAUAUAAGGCGAGUGGUGAAAGUAGUGGCCAAGGGCUUGGGAUCUUCCGCACAUUCGGCUCAUGUGACAACUAAAUCAGAUCCCGGCUACAGGAGUUUUGACAAGGACUUGCAACAUAGCUUCCUAGUCGAUGCUCUGGGAGUCGAAAGUUUGACUUUUAAUAGCACAUUCUGA